CCCGAGCAUGCGACAUUAGGAACUAACGCGGGUCCUUUCCCCCAGGAAGGAUUCGUCCGUGUUGACCGAGAUUACGUGCUGAAGUCUGCAGAGCUGGCGAAAGCGGGGGGCUGCAAACAUUUCAACCUGCUGUCCUCCAAGGGGGCCGACAAGUCCAGCAGUUUCUUGUACUUACAAGUAAAGGGAGAAGUAGAAGCCAAGGUUGAAGAAUUAAACUUUGAUCGCCUCUCAGUGUUUCGUCCAGGAGUCCUCCUGUGUGACAGGCAAGAGUCUCGUCCCGCUGAAUGGCUGGUUAGGAAAUUCUUCGGCUCUCUGCCGGCCUCCUGGGCCAGUGGGCACUCUGUGCCUGUGGUGACAGUGGUGAGGGCGAUGCUGAACAACCUGGUGAGUCCCAGCAGUGGACAAAUGGAACUUCUGGAAAACAAAGCCAUCAUCCACCUGGGGAAAGACGGUGAUGUGCCCCAGCCGUGACCACGCAGGAGGACAGCUUGUUCUCAAACCUCAGUGCCUGUCACCAAGUCAGUCAUCUGGGGGUCUAUAAAACAGCCUCUCUCUAGUCUUUGUGGUGUUCCCCUCUCCUCGUCCAUGCAGCUCUCUGGAAACAACAGUGCUCCGGCCCAGUUGUUGGUGUACCAGUUGUACAUUUAAGUCACUCUGGGAGCUGUGGAAGGACAGGUUUGUGUCGCAAACCUUCUGGACUUGGUGGGUUGAGGACAGGGAUCUGCGGUUUUGACUUCCAUGUUCACUGGAGGCCUCUGGGCCUCUGGUUGUGAGCCCAGCUUUGAAGCACUCCUACAGAGACACCUGAGCAGUGGGGCCCUCACACUCCAGGCAGGCGAGUGCUGGUGAGGCUUGUUGACAGUCUAGUCUCCAAGCUGCAUGGUGCUGAUGAGCUGCACGGUGCUGGGUGGACACGGCACCUUUUCUGCAUGUCAGCACAGAAGUUAUGAAAUGAGCUCCUGUGAUUCUUUGAGGAAUAAAAGCAGAUGGACAAACA